AUUCAUUAUCCAAUUAUAAAAUACAACACGUGGUCUAGACUAUAGGUGUGGCCAAGAAAAGAAACUAGCCAUGGGUCGUAGCAGAUCCCCAAAUAGAAAAGGCUCAGAAAGAAGUUCAAGACGAGCGUCUCCAUCCCGUGACAGAAAGAGUAGAAGAGAUAGGGAUAGAGGAUCAAACAGAAGCCGCUCUCCUAGUGGACGCAGAAAUCGCUCAAGGUCGCCUCACAACCGUUCAAGAUCCCCUCGCAAGUACAGAUCAAGGUCACCUGCAAGGAGGGAUUACAGAGACAAAGAAAGAGAGAGGGAUAAAGACAGAGAGAGAGACAGGAGCUACAGAGACAAGUCGCCUGAGAGAAUGGGCACAACUGUUGAUGAUUCCGAUGAAGAUGAGCAGAAUUUAGACGAUGAUGGAAAAGAAAUGCUCAAGUUAAUGGGAUUUGCAAAAUUCAAGUCGACAAAAGGCAAACAUGUUCCUGGCUCAUGUAAUGCUAGUGCUGCUAAUAUAAAAAUUGAAAAGAAAUACAGGCAAUACAUGAACAGAAGAGGUGGUUUCAAUAGACCACUGGAUCCCAUGAAAUAAAGGAAAUCUCAUUACAAGCCAAGCAAUUAUUAUCAUUCUUUUGUAUUGUUAAAAUGCUAGAUUGUGUCAUUUAUCUUGUUAUCCUUCACUUAAUGGUCAUUUAUUCCUCAUUAUAUUUACACUACUCAUUUUUGUAACAGUUGAUUGUGUGAUUAAACUUAUUAAUUUUUCCAUCAAUGAU